UGGCAGUUUAGGGAAAAUUUUUAAAAAAUGUACUCCAGACACUUCCAGACGCCGAGAAGGGACCGGAGAAAGCAGGCAGCAACCCAGGCCGCCGGGCAGAGCCGCGGCUCAGACUCUUCCCCGCGCUGCGAGCUGCAGAAGCCCAGGCCGACCGCCGCUCAGGCGGCCCGCGGCUCCCCAGCGCCCGCGGCCGCGCCCAGCCGCCCUCCCGGGCAAUUCUCCUCCGGGCGGAGCCUUCAGGCCGCCCCUCCACCGGUACCUGCCGCGGGCUCCCGAGCUGCGGGCGCAGGGGAUCCUAAGGCGGCGAGCCCGGGGCACCGGCGCGCACUGUCCGCGGCCCAGGCGGUGAGGGUGGCUGCGGGCGAGAGGGCUCAUGCUUCAGGGGAAGCCCAAGGCCCGCCAGCCGCAACGGCGGCGACAAGACUUGGCAAGAGUUAAACGUCGGUCCCAGGAGCUGCCAGUGCGCGCGACUUCCCAGCCCGACGCGCCUCCCUCGCUCCACGCCUCCCUCCCCAACCGGCUGCUCCUCACGCCCCACCCGGCUGCUGCGGAGGCCGCUUUCCAGGAACUUUCCAGGAAUCGGCCUCACGUGACCGCGGGCCCCGCUACCGCUUUAAAGAGGCGCGGGCGCAAUACAGGGGCUUCAGGAAAGACCGGCUGCGAGCGCUCCGGUUCAGGGUGGGCGGUGUGCACGCCGGGGUCUGCCGGCCUCUGGCCCCACACCCCGGGGUGCUCCGGGGCAAGCUGGAAAAGUCCCCGGCCACAGCCAACCCCGUUUCGGCGGCCGGAGCCUGUCCCCUACCCGGGCCAGCUGAGCGCCGGGGUUCAGGGAAGUAUAGCCGUCCGGCCUGCCACUGGGGAUGGCUCCUCUCAACAGUCCGGCGGCGUCCCCUUGACGCGACCCUCCUGGCCGCUCACUUGGGGGGUGGGUGCAGGAGUGACUGUGUGUCCUCGGAAACCGGACUCUCUGUCUCUAAGACACAGUGAUGGCACCGAGAACCCCUGCUUGGCCCGGUGCUCACGGCCGGGGGCCGGCGGCAGUCCCCUUGAUCCGGUCCUAGAAGGCAGCGAGCAGGAGAGCGGCGCCUCCUUAAGUGGCGCCCGCCGUCCUUAGUCCCCUCCCCCUGGCGCUCCAGCUGGUUGUCACCCGCACCCACCCGGCGCCUCCCUUCCUCCUUUCCUCCGCUCCAGGGUCUCCGGUAUACCCGGCGGCCCGCCCCGCUCACUUGCGCCGACUGCUAAGGGGGCGCCCUUACCUGCGUGCCGGUCAGGGGCUGGCUGACGGGCCUCGGUUUCCGCAGUCCGGAGAGCGUUUCUGCCAUUCCCUGCAGAGCUGGCGCCCCAGGACCGGGAAUUCGGAAGGAUCCCGGCACCUCUACCCUACCUGGGAUUCUCACCUCCCACCUCGUUGGAGGCCACCUGGCCUUAGUGGAAACUUAUCUCCUUAUCUGCGCCCCCGCCCCCGAAAUGUGACCUACUUGAAAUGUGACCUACUUAAAAAAAAAAAAAUUAAAAAUCACAGGAAAACCGGAUCCAAAAUUUCGAUAAACAUUUUUCUUUGAAAUACUAUUCUAUUGCAUCACUACUCAAAAGCUUGAAAGGUCAAUGGCCACUUUUAGUUGAAGCUGUGGCUGUGGGAAGUUGGGCGAGGAAGUGGGAGGGGUGGGAGGGAGGCGCGGCUUCCAAACCUUGCCUGGUGCCCCCCCUGCCGGCUCUGGGAGGAAACGUGAACCAGCUCCCGACCUUGGGGUCUGGAGCCAGGGACCAUGGUUUUCUCAAUAAUUUUCCUGCUGUUCAGUAGAUCACUCUAUGCACAUGGUAAACUGGUGAGUCAGGAGGGGGGCCUUUCCCAGCUAACAGAGAGCUUUGUUAACGCUGGGGCAGUGUGCACGUAAUCAUGUUUCGUUUUUUAGAAAGAGCCUUUGAUAGUAUGGGCGGAGCUAACUGAACCCUAAAGUCCUCUACGCAGUAGUUGAAGAAUUUUGCACAAGGCACUUACUCUCUUUGGACCUCUGGCCCUUUUUAUAACAUGAAGGGCUAGACUCCGGUUCUGGGUGAGGGACUGGGAUAAAUGAACAGAUCAGAUUCCAUGUGAAGCCUGUGUACAGUCUGAGGCCCCAAGCCUUUAAGAAACACUAUGUCUACUAAGGUUAACAGACCUCUAAAUUAUCCUAAUAUGGCUGCUUCUUCCUUGGUGGAGAAUCCUAGAGUAGGGGUGUACCCACGCUUUAGUUUAAAUAAAAAGAUAUUUAUUCCUAAAAUUGGGUUGCGGGGGAGGAGGAGGGGACUGGACCGAGUCUUGCUCUAUCACCCAGGCUGGAGUGCAGUGGCUGAUCUCAGCUCACUGCAACCUCUGCCUCCCAGGUUCAAGCAAUUCUCCUGCCUCAGCCUCCUGAGUAGCUGGGAUUACAGGCGCCCACGACCAUCCUUGCCAACAUGGCAAUACCCCAUCUUUACGAAAAAUGCAAAAAUUAGCUGAGUAUGGUGACACAUAUCUAUAAUCCCAGCUACUCGGGAGACUGAGACUGGAGAAUCACUUGAACCCAGGAGGCAGAAGUUGCAGUGAGCUGAGAUCACACCACUGCACCCUAGCUUGAGCAACAGAGCAAGAUUCCAUCUCAAAAAUAAAAGAAAGUAAAAUGAAACACAUCUGGGGCUUGCUA